GUUUCUGCUUGUGUACUUGCAUUCUGUAUUAAGCUGCAGAAGAUAGUAAUCUCAUCUCAGGUUUUGGUGUCGCUGAGGGCUCCGAAAAGAUGGCAGAAGAUGAGUUUGACCCUAUUCCUGUACUGAUAACCAAAACCACACAAGGUCUCCAGAGAGAGCCCAGUCCUUGUCCUGUAAUUACUGUAGAGCACUUUAAAGAAUCCAUGGGCACCAAAGGCCUCCCCCUUUAUCCAGAUCCCAGCAGAGCUCCUGGCACAAAGACUCAGAACACCUUAGAGUCUGAUUCUCUGGCCCGCGAGGGUCCUUCCAGCAACAGCUCCUUCCAUAGCAGUGAGGAGGAGGGCACUGACCUGGAGGGGGACAUGCUGGACUGCAGUGGGUCUCGGCCUCUCCUUCUGGAGUCUGAGGAGGAGGAUGAGAGCUGCAGGCCUCUCCAGGAAAAGCUGGGAGAAGCCACCCUGUUCUCUGAAUCUGGGGUGUCCACUGAGCCAGAAGAAAGAGGACAAGGUGGGAAAAAUAGCCAGUUCGUGCCAAUCAACCAGCAAGCCUCAGAUGAUCUCGGGGAGCCUGAUGUCUUUGCUACAGCCCCCUUCAGGAGCUCUCUGGUUCCAGCAGACAAUAUGGACAUUUUCUCCAAAGCCCAUUUUGUUUCCAAGGGCAGUGUAGCUCCUUCCCAGACGGAGGAAGUGGAUGUGUUCUCCAGAGCUCCUUUUACCAAGAAGAGGAGCAUGGAUGAGUUCCUGGCUGUGCAGGGCUCCUCGCAGGAUUUGCCGAUACAGGCCAACCUCAGUCAGUCCAGCGAAGGGCCCCUGCUUGGAGGCCGAGAUAGAGCCCUGUACACCUCUGCACAUGCGCAGUAUCCUGUGACUGGCUUUGCACCACAGGCUGGUCUCCCCUCCCACUCUGUCCAGGUGGCAGACCAUUUUGACACCAACUCUCCCAGGGGCUCUCCCCUGAGCUCUGGGAGCCAUUCUAAUGACAGAAAUAGAGGACUGGAGCCCCAGAAAGAAGCCUUUUCAGGGCCAGCGGCUGGCAAGCCAUUCUGCCCCCAGGCCUUAUCCAAAUAUUCUAGACACUAUAGCCCAGAAGAUAAGCCAAGUCCAGAAGCCCAGCCCAUCGCUGCCUACAAGAUAGUUUCACAAAGCAAUAAGCAGCUGCUAGCUGGCUCUGUGUCUGUCACAUCCCUGUCCUCCAGGACUACAGAGCUGGCCACUGCUGAUCCUUUUGCUUUAGCACCCUUUCCUUCAAAAGCAGGCAAGCAGAAACCCUAGGAGCAGAGACUAGCAUGAGGCCUGCCUCCACCCACCCCACCAGCACCCAUCACACCACUCCUGGCUGGCCUUUCAGGGAGCAAAUCCCAUCCACUGUGACCUUGCAGUUCCCCUGCCUCAGAGCAGAAUCACUUCAAGGCAACUAGCCAAGUUGCUGUGUGACCCAGCAGAAGUUCCUUAUGUCACACUUGCAGCUUUUGUUCUUCGUUCCCAGGCUUGUGGCAUUUGUGUCACCUUCGUAGAGGCCUUCCAACGCACUCAGAAUUCUGAUUUUUUUUGCCCGGAAACCUUUUAAAUCCAGGAAUAGUUUACCCCCAGUUAAUGGAGGCUACAUUAUACCAUGACUUUGAAUUCCUACAGCUUCUGUUGGAGUCACUUGCAUUGAGGAAUUAAGAUUGAUCCCUCCAGGACUCAACAAUACUCUUGGAACAGAGAGAUUUCUAGAUAGAAGAGCAAUACAAGCCUACUGCACAUCUGGAGGAGUUACUCUUCCGGCUACUCAUCAUUCAUUCCUAUGGAGCCAGCAGCUCAGAAGUACUCUGGGGUCUGUCACUGAGUCUGAGGGAGCCACGCUGGCCCUGAGUGCAUGCUGUAGGUCAGGUUCCCUGUCGUGUAAAGGAGUAGAGAGAUGUGAGAAGUGCUCUGCCUCCCACAGUCCACUCUUCAGACUAGUGUGGAUGCUUGCUUGCUCAUGUGUAUAAGAACCCUUUGUCCUCUGAGUGAGACCACCAUGCCUACCUCCGUUAUCAAAUCACUCGCUUUCUCGAAGUUGCCUGUUGACCUGACUUGAACCUUGGCUUUAUUUAGAUUUUUCUUCUCAUGGUAGAAUUGAAGUUGUCGGACAAUUUGGGGCAAUCCUGCUGGAACUGAGGUGUCAGAGUGAAUUUUUUAAAUUCCAUUUACCUGGUUUUGAAAAAUCAAUUUCCUAAAACUGGACAUGGUAGGUACCUCAUGACUGUAAUCCUAGCACUUGGGAAGCUGAGGCAGGAGGAUUGCCACAAGUUAGAGACCAUCAUGGGCUUAAUACUGAAUUCCAGGUCACCAUAUCUCAACACCCUUUCCUCUCAGCCAAAACAGUCAUCGGUCCUGUGUUUUCCUGGCAACAGGGGAAGAGACUCUUCAGAGGUCCAGCCACUGGGAAUUCUGCCUGGGUACCACUGUUGUGAAAUUCAUUAAUCAGGAGUCCAAGCCACAAGCUAAGUCUGCCUGUUUUUUCCCCAAACCCUUCCCAUACACCUCUACUGCCUCGUAAGUGGGU